AGCUAUUCCCUAUCGCCUAACUAUUUUUACGUAUUUGCCGAUCUCACCCACGUGAAGGCCUCCCCACUCCCCGCGAUCCACUCGGAGGUAGAGCUGGCGUCGGAAAGCACAAAAACAGAAAACGAGAUACGCAUCCUAUUACGACUGCUCUACAUAAAUAUGGAAUGGGCCGAUGACGUGGCAAACCGCCCGCGCCGCGCAAACGCCGGCAGUCGCCUGCAAGAGCUUCUCCAAAACGGUCUCGACGAGGAAGACGAAAAGGACCUGCAGAGAUGGGACAACAGCUCCUCCGACACCAGCUUCACCCUCGGCAGCGACGAGGAGACGAUCGACGAGGUGGACAGCGACUUCGACGCGGAGGAGGUGGCCGGAGUCCUGGAGGGCGAGGCGGUGGAGACGGAGGCCACGGUCCGCCGCGCUGAGCGUCAAGAGCGGCAGCGCGAGCGCAAGAGGCGGCUGCAGCGGACACAGAACUUCUCCAAGGCCGCCGCGCACACGCACGCCCUUCAGAAGAAGCUGCAGGAGCGUCAAAAGGACGCGACCGAGCGCCAGAGACGUCGCAAGCGGGAGCGUGACGGCAGCAACGACUCUUCCUCGUCGCUUUCCACAUCCACGUCCUCCGAGGAUGACAGCACGAGCGGCGGGGAUGGUGAAAAGAGUGAAGUACCAGACUUGCGCCAGCAGGUUCGUCAUCGCCCUGCGCCGACCAUCUCGUGUGCGCGGCGACUGGCGGAAGCGCACGACCGCGCUGCGGCUCACCGUGCCGCGCAGGCUGCCCUGGCAGAGCAGGGCGGUGGUGGCGGUGGAGACGAAGGCCCCGGGGACGCCGCUGCGAUGCUGAACACACACCGAGGACUGAACGUGGGCAGAACACGUCACAGACCGCGGCGAAAUGCGGGGCGGUUCGGAGAAACCGUCCUGAAUGGCGGAGUCGCUGGUCGUGCCUCGCCGUCCAUGCCAGUCUUUGUCUCCCCACGUAUUGCUCUCUACCAUAGUGUACCGCAGCGCAUUCGGUACUGCAGCGGUGUGUCGGUGCUGGCGAUGUACAAGGUGCCUUCGAUUCUCUCCUUCUCUGAGCGUCUACCCGCUGUCUUUCUGACGCAAUCGCAGAAACCGUGA